GCGCAUGCCCACGGCGCGGCAGAGCGGAAGCGGCGCCCCCCGCGCCUGCGCAAGAGGGGAUUCCGCCGGGCGCCGCCGGACUUCAACAUGGCGACCUAGGCCGGCCGCGCCAGGGCCACCGCGGGCGGGUGAGCGAGGCCGCCGCCGUCGUUGUCGUCAUGUCCCGGCACAGGAACGUUCGAGGAUAUAACUACGACGAAGACUUUGAAGAUGAUGAUGUGUAUGGCCAAUCAGUAGAAGAUGAUUAUUGCAUUUCUCCUUCAACAGCAGCUCAAUUUAUUUACUCCAGACGAGACAAACCAGCCACGUUUGCUGAGCCAUUAGAAGAAUAUGGCUGUGAAGGUACCGAUGCUGCUGCUGAUUGUUUUACACCCACUCAUCAAUUGACUGAAGUUGAUAGAGCCCGUCUGAAUUCAUGCCUUGAUCAAAUGAGAGAAGUUUUGGCAGAGUCCAUACCAGAACAAGCAAUGGUGCAAGCAGUGCUGGAUACUAAUUUUGAUGUACAAAAGGCUUUGAAUCUUGUGCUUUCACAAGGCAGUAAGCAAAAUAUGAAGACCAAGAAUAAGGAUGCUGUGAUUUUAGCAAAGACUACAAAAGGAGACUUACAUUGUUGUCCAGAAAUGUGUGUUGAUGCAGACAAUUUUUCUUGUGCAGUAGACAAUUUUGCUGACAGCAUCGACAAACCUGGGUUUGGAAACUUGACAGCCAAAAAUGAUUCAGCUCUUUAUUCUUUAACCACCAAUUUUGAAAAAUCCAAUAUACCUUCAUCAGGAAAAACAAGGGAUUCCCAGUCAGCCAGAAUGGAAUCUGAAAUUGUGCCAAAAGUUACCAAAAUGACAGUGUCUGGAAAGAAACAAUCUAUGGGAUUUGAAGUUCCAUGUGCGCUUGCUGAGGAAAAUGGCCACCCUAAUACACCUCAGAAAGGACUGUUACCUGAAGAUGCCAGUGUAGCAUCUGGGGUACUUGAAGCUGUCUCAAAAUCUACUCCUCCACCCCAAGUAGUGCAGGUUUCAGAAGAGCAGAAUAUGGUGCCUACUCCAGGAAAAAAGUCAAGCAAGGCAAGACCACAAAUAGAUGUGAAAGCAGAGUUGGAGAAGAGACAAGGAGGAAAGCAACUGCUGAAUUUGGUGGUAAUAGGACACGUCGAUGCAGGCAAAAGUACUUUAAUGGGUCAUUUGCUCUACCUUUUGGGAAAUGUGAACAAAAGAACAAUGCACAAAUAUGAACAGGAAUCUAAAAAGGCUGGUAAAGCUUCAUUUGCCUAUGCAUGGGUCUUGGAUGAAACUGGUGAAGAAAGAGAAAGGGGAGUGACAAUGGACGUGGGUAUGACCAAAUUCGAGACACCAACUAAAGUAAUUACACUGAUGGAUGCUCCAGGCCACAAAGACUUCAUUCCAAAUAUGAUUACAGGAGCUGCACAGGCUGAUGUGGCAAUUUUGGUUGUGGAUGCCAGCAGAGGAGAAUUUGAGGCAGGGUUUGAGACCGGUGGACAAACUCGAGAACAUGGAUUAUUAGUGCGCUCUCUUGGAGUGACACAGUUGGCUGUUGCAGUCAAUAAAAUGGAUCAGGUCAAUUGGCAACAGGAAAGAUUUCAAGAAAUUACAAGUAAGCUUGGCCAAUUUCUUAAGCAAGCUGGCUUUAAGGAAUCAGAUGUGGCUUAUAUUCCAACAAGUGGCCUUGGUGGUGAAAAUCUAGUCACAAGGGGUCAGUCAAGUGACCUCACACAAUGGUAUAAAGGAAACUGUUUGUUAGAACAAAUCGAUUCUUUCAAGCCACCACAGAGAUCAGUGGAUAAACCAUUUAGACUGUGUGUUGCUGAUGUUUUUAAAGACCAAGGUUCAGGAUUUUGUGUGACUGGUAAAAUAGAAGCAGGCUUUAUUCAGGUUGGAGAACGACUUCUGGCAAUGCCUCCCAAUGAAACUUGCACUGCAAAAGGAAUCACACUGCACGAUGAGCCAGUUGAUUGGGCUGCAGCAGGAGAUCACGUUAGUCUCACUUUGACCGGCAUGGAUAUCAUCAAAAUCAAUGUGGGCUGUGUAUUUUGUGAUCCCAAGGAACCCAUUAAAGUUUGCACUCGGUUCAGAGCUCGGGUUCUCAUCUUCAAUAUUGAGAUCCCAAUCACUAAAGGAUUUCCUGUGCUUUUACACUAUCAAACAGUAAGUGAGCCUGCUACUAUUACAAGACUGUUGAGUGUCCUGCACAAAAGCACUGGUGAAGUGACAAAGAAAAAACCUAAGUUCUUGGCUAAAGGUCAGAAUGCUCUAAUAGAACUACAAACUCAAAGACCUGUUGCUCUAGAGUUGUACAAAGAUUUUAAAGAGCUGGGGAGGUUUAUGUUACGCUACAGUGGUUCCACUAUUGCUGCAGGAGUUGUUACAGAGAUUAAAGAGUGACAGUGGUGACAGAAUUUUCACCAUCCAAGCAAAACUCAAAUCAGAUAUCCAAACUUCUGUGUAAGAAUCCAAUUAUUUCAGUUGAAGGAACAAGUGCAAUUAACUGGGGAGAAGAUGGUGGUGACAAAAGUCAAAUUGUGUGAGACAUCUGGGGAUCCCUUCAUCAGUCUCUUCUGCUGCAGAACAAUAUGCCAACUGACAAGGAACUGCAAGUGUUGCACUUCUUGAUCUCAAGAAUCUCAUGAGUUUCUCCAUGUGGAAUUUAGCCCUUAGAGAAGUUGAUGGAAAAAUAUUAGAAAGUUGAAUUAGAGAAAAAGAUGAUGAGUUAUGAAACAAACUCCUUACUUCCAGACAUAAAUUGUUUACAAAUUUUCUUUGAUUGCUUUUUUGCUGCACAUUAACUCAGUAAGUAACUAUUGGUCUAAAAUAUUUUUAGGUUUGAGUUAAAUGCAUAUUCAGGGAAAAAAAAGAACUAUUUACCUUGUUUUCAAGAGAAUGGCGUGUAGUAUUAUCAUGGGAUUGUUUUCCCUGUCCCAAAAUUUAUUUAAGAAAAAAAAUUGUCUUUUGCUGUGUAGUGGAAGCUGUGCCAACUUUGGCUAAUUUUAUUUUUUAAACAGUAAGAAUAAUAAAAUAAAUUUGUCUGAGCA